AUGUUUGGGAAAGGCGAUCCAAUCUAUCUCGACUAUGGCGGAACAUCGCCUGUAGAUCCAUCCGUAUUCGAUUCCAUGAAAGAAUUCUUCGUGAGCAACUGGGGAAAUCCCAGUAGCUCGCACGUUUACGGUCAGUUGACGACGGGCAGAGGGCUAAAGGAAGUUUCGAAGAAGCGAGAAAAAACGUGGCUGAUAGCAUUGGAUGCUCUCCUCAUGAAAUGGGGAACAGAGAGCAACAACUGGGUGCUCAAGGACUCACCUGAUAUGAACCAGGGAGCUGUAAGCCUGGCCCGGAAGCGCCUUCAAGAUCAUUUCACCAGCAACAUGGGUGGAAGCGCCUUGGCUUGGUCGUCUAUGUACGUCGACCAGCUCAGACCGCACAUUGUUACAACAGCUAUUGAGCACCCGGCAAUCCUGGAACCUUUGAAAUGGCUGGAGACUGAGCAGCAGUGCGACGUCACGAUAAUUCAACCGGGAAAAGAUGGUUCGAAAGAUUAUGACAUUGCUGGUACUUCUCCGCGUGAAAGAGAGCCAGGUGUUGUGAAUGUACAAGAUGUCGUCGAUGCCCUCAGGACGCAGACUAUCUUGGUCUCAAUCAUGCAUGCCAACAACGAAGUCGGUGCAGUUCAGCCGAUCAGAGAAAUUUCUGACGUGAAUGACCUCGGUGUUGACUUGCUUUCGAUGGCUGGGCACAAGCUCUACGCCCCCAAGGGCAUUGGCGCUUUGUAUGUCCGAGGUGGAGCCAAAGGGCUCGACGGUGAUGGCGACUUUCGUUUGCAGAGGAUCAUGCAUGGUGGUGGGCAAGAGCUGGGGUUGCGAGCUGGGACAGAAAACGUCGGGCUUGCCGUUGGUCUGAUGCGACAAGCUAGUCUUAUCAGAAGUUUGCAUGUGCAGCUGCAGGCAAAGUUUAUCGGACAAAUCCAUCUCAAUGGUCCGGAGCUCCCGGCCUCGCCAAUCAACGGCGCUUGGCCGAGGUUGCCCAAUACACUGUCAAUAGGCUUCAGAGGACUGAAGGCACAAGAGAUUCUUGGGAAGGUCCAGGAUGUUGUAAGUGCAUCAGCUGGGGCAGCAUGUCAUAGUUCCAACAUCCCAAAAAUCAGUUCUGUGCUGGCAGCCAUGCAAGUUCCCGAGGAUGCAGCAUUAGGAACCAUCCGAUUUACUGUUGGAAGGUACACGACAGAAGAUGAAAUUAAUCGAGCGGCGGAAGCUGUUGCAGAUGCUGCAAAUGAGCUGUUCAAACAAUCUGUGUAG